UGUGUGGUGAUUGGCCAACCCGCAUGAACUUGUUUUGAAAAUAUGGCGUCAAAUGUGCCAUAGUGACGUAAGGUGUUCUGGCAAAUUCCCAUCUGCCCAAUUAUAUAUUGAGGUCAUCUGUAUUUUAAAUUUUGGAAUUUCUGAGUGGCCAUGAGCAGCCACCACCAUUGUCUUGGGCUGAAUGCACCAAACGGAGAAAUUCACCACAUUAAGUUCUUGUCAGAACACAUCGGCGCCCUUUAUUUAAAUGACGAAUACAGUGAUGUUGUUUUGAAGAUCGAAGGUCAGCCUUUCCAUGGACACAAAGCAAUCCUGGCGGCUCGAAGUGAAUAUUUCAGGGCUCUUCUUUUCGGAGGGAUGCGAGAAUCUCAGCAAAGUGAAAUAGAACUAAAAGGAACGACACUCGCGGCUUUCAAAUGCUUGCUGAAGUACAUCUACACUGGCCACAUGUCGCUUACGAGUUUGAAGGAAGACGUGAUCCUGGACGUGCUGGGGCUGGCCCACCAGUACGGCUUCGUGGACCUGGAGGCGUCCGUGUGCGACUACCUGCGCGACGCGCUGCAGGUGCGCAACGCCUGCGCCGUGUUCGACGCGGCGCGGCUGUACCGGCUGGAGCGCCUCGCCGAGGUGUGCCGCGACUUCCUGGACCGCCACGCGGCGGAGAUCAUCCGCCACGACUCCUUCCUGCAGCUCUCCCCGGACGCGGUGAAGGAGCUGACGAGCCGCGACUCGUUCUUCGCGCCCGAGGCGGACAUAUUCCGGGCGCUGCGGGACUGGGUGGCGGCCAACCCGGGCUGCGGGCAGGCGGGGGAGAUGGUGGGCGCGGUGCGGCUGCCCCUCAUGUCGCUGGCGGAGCUGCUGACGGUGGUGCGCCCCACGGGGCUGGUGGGGCCCGAUGCCAUCCUGGACGCCAUCCACCAGGGCUCGCAGCUGCGCGACUCGGAGCUCGCCCACCGCGGCCGCCUGCUGCCGGAGGAGAACGUGGCGCAGCCCCGGCACGGCACGCAGGUGCUGCAAGGAGAGAUGCGCAGCGCGCUGCUGGACGGCGACUGCAGCAACUACGACAUGGAGCGCGGCUACACGCGCCACGCCAUCAACGAGAGCGGCGACCCGGGCAUCCUCGUCAAGCUGGGCACGCAGAGCAUCGUCAACCACAUCAAGAUGCUGCUGUGGGACCGUGACGAGAGGUCGUACUCGUACUACAUCGAGGUGUCGGUGGACCAGAAGGACUGGGUGCGGGUGGUGGACCACACCAAGUACUACUGCCGCUCCUGGCAGUUCCUGCGCUUCCCGGCCCGAGUGGUGCGCUACAUCCGGGUGGUGGGCACCUACAACACCGUCAACAAGGUGUUCCACGUGGUGGCCCUGGAGGCCAUGUACACCCACGCCGAGGUCUCGCUCGACCAGGGCCUGAUCGUGCCGAAGGAGAACGUGGCGACGGUGGAGCGGAGCGCCACGGUGAUCGAGGGCGUGAGCCGGGUGCGCAACUCGCUGCUCAACGGGGACGUGCACAACUACGACUGGGACUCGGGCUACACGUGCCACCAGCUGGGCAGCGGCGCCAUCCUGGUGCAGCUGGGCCAGCCCUACAUGAUCCACAGCAUGAGGCUGCUGCUGUGGGACAUCGACGGCCGCAGCUACCACUACUACGUGGAGGUGUCGGUGAACAUGUGGGACUGGGUGGUGGUGGCCGACAAGACGCGCGAGAGCUGCGAGUCCUGGCAGCUGCUCACCUUCAAGCCGUGCCCCGUGGUCUUCAUACGCAUUGUGGGCACGCACAACACCUCCAACGAGGUGUUCCACUGCGUGCACUUGGAGUGCCCCGCGCAGUGCGACGGCCCGCCCGAGCCCGCCCCGGCCCAGGACGCGGCCGUGCCCGUCAGCACGGCAGGCGCCGGCGCCACCAGCGCCACCGUCACCGUGGUCGCCACCAGCGCCACCGCCACGGCCGACCAGCAGGCGGACGAGGACUCGUGAUCGCGAGGCCCCGGGCUCGUCUCCCCCUGCUGCCGCUUCCUGUGCGUGACGUGAGCUCCGGGCGGCCCCUGCUCCGCGUGGCCUCGCGGGAGUUCAUAUUGUACCAUAGUAGAGUAGCCCUUGCGUGUACGUGUACAUUAUAUGAUACUUUGUACCUGAUCGAGAGUGAUGUGUGUUUUUAAUUGUUCCCAUCUUCAUACUGCGAGGGAAUGUAGUUUGUUGGUUGGGUAACUAUUCUGUAGCAGCAUCACAUUCAGAAACAACUAAAUUUUUUUGUUUUAUUUUGUUGAAAUAUAAGUUUAGGGUCUGUUAAGUAUAUAUUUUUAUUGACAUUUUAAAUUUAUGCAGUUUCACAAUAGAGUAAAUUCCUAAAAAAUAGAAAAUGCAUUUUGUUCCUUGAAAACCAGGAAAUGUGCAUGAAUAUAAUCCGAUUUUGGUGGUCACACCGAAUACGUGCACAGUUAGUACCUGGUGAGACAGGAUCUGGAGUGAGAUACUGCAAGCAAGAGCAGGAGCACAGGACUGGAGUGAGAUCACGGGAAAAGCAAGAACGAGAUGGUAUGGCCAUGUGCAGAGAAUGGGAGAAGACAGGCUGCCCGGGAAAAUGACAGGGUUGAAGUACACAGGAAGAAGACCCCAAGGAAGACCGAGGAGGAGGUGGGAAGAGCAGAUAGUUAAAGGAGUACAGGAGAGAAGAGAAGAAUGGAACAGAGUGGAGGAGGAAUGGUGAAGUGAGAGAUGAAGAUGUAGGUAUUUUACUUUGCUGACCCGGUCACAGGCUGGAAGCAGUUGAGGAUGAUGAUUUAUAAAGAAUCAAUGUAUUUAAAAAUGUAUACUAUUUAAAUAAAUUAAUGUUUUAUAAUAAAGACUUCAACAUUUGA